AUGCCAGCCAUUACUUGUACUUCAAAUAUUCAUUUACCCAAUUCACCAGUUUCUUCACCUACAACACCAACUGCUUCAACCGUAUCAGACACGCCAGUCAAAACAGUUUCAGUGGGUAUGGCGACACUAUCUUAUAUUAAAACAUUGAUAGUAGAUGACAACAUAAUUACCGCCAAAUUGUUAUCAAAAAUACUUUCCAAGGAAUUUGGACAUGAUACUACAUGCGCAGUGAGUGGCAAAGAAGCAUUACAACAAUUAUCCUGUGAAACCUUUGAUAUUAUAUUUAUGGAUAUAGAUAUGCCAGAAUUAUCUGGUAUCGAAACGACUUUAGCGAUACAUGCUUCAGGGUCAACUGUAUUAGAACAAAAUCGACAGAUACCAAUAAUUGCUUAUACAACAAAUCCUUGUGAAGAACGAUAUUUCGAAGCAGGAAUGAAUGGUUGGGUAGGAAAACCAGCAAAUCAAUCAAUGGUUAAAAAAGAAUUAGAACGGGUAUGUAGUUCACCUAAUACCUUUACCAAAUAA